AUGAAGCCAAAGAAAUCCGACGAAAGAAAGACUUUGCUGUCUGUUGUCAGCAACGAGGAGGGAGAGCGGAUUCAGAAGGAGUUUUCGACUAUAAGGGGGGAUGCGGUUAGUGUCAGGGAGAAUGUAAGCCCGUUUGAUUGUGUGGAGAAGAUAGAAAGGCUCAUGAAGAAAAAGCGAUGCGGGGUAUUUUUUUCGGUGACGAAGGAGAAACGACUGGUGAUUGGCAGGGUUUUUAAUGACGAGAUGAUUGAUAUUGCUGAGUUUAGUAUCGACAAGUACAUGAGCGUUUCUGAUUUUGAAUGUGUGUCGCCUGAGCUGCACAUGAAAUAUUUUGUAGUUGUCCAGAACAUUGAUGAUGCUAGACUUGAAAAUCUUGUGGUGGACAUGCUGAACAUGAAGAGCAACAAGGUAUGUCUUGAUAACAUCAGGUAUUGCUGGGUGUUUGCAAGGAGCGAAGCUGGAUAUGUGCUGAAGUAUGUGAGGGUGAUGAAAGACUUGAGUAUAGAGAACUGUGGGCCGCUAUUUGAGAUGCAGUUGAUUCGAAGCCAUCAUUGCGAUGAAGAGGUGUAUAAGAAGGCGAUUGAUGAGCCUGGAAGAGGAAGAAAGAACAUUAAGAAGAAUGUGUUCAAUGACAAGAUCGGUACGUUGCACAUAAACAAGCAGGAUCUCAGGGAAGUAAGACUCAAAAAGAUAAAGGGAUACAAGUGCAGUGAUGGAGGAGUAUAA